AUGACGCAAACGACGCAGCAACGCCAGACCGCUUGGCUGCCCGGUCUUAACUUCGUGACCUUGCACUAUGUGUACAUCAUUCUCAUGAGCAUUCUGUCACUUGUCAUCCUGUACCCGGCUGGCAAUUUGAAAGCCAUUGAUGCAUACUUUUUUGGUGCAAGUGCAUCUACAGAGUCGGGCUUGAACACAGUUGACGUCAAAGACCUAUACACAUACCAGCAACUUUACAUUUAUUUCAUUCCGGUCUUCACCAACCUCGGAUUUAUCAAUGCAAUUGUUGCUCUUGUCCGGUUUCUUCUAUUCCGAAAGCAUCUCAAUAAAGUUGCACCACGUCUUCUAACCGCCCGACACCCGCCGUCGGCUCUACCCAAUUCAAAAGACACCGAUGUUGAGGCGGUUUGCGAUAAUAUCAAUGAACACGACAAUGAGACUGUAACCAUUGGAAUCAGCAAAAAGUACGCAAGAGACGACUCUGACGACGAGGAAUCCGUCACCAAGACUCUCCCGGAGAGGUCUCGAACGAUUACAUUCGACCCUCCAGUGGGGAAGAACGAACAAGGCGAUGGUACUCUUUACAUCCCUGGUCCUCGUGAGCGUGAACGUGGCUUACCGCUAGUUGAAAUAAGCAAGCAAUCGAGCAGAAAUGCUCGGGAUGAUUUGUCUAUCAACGCCGCUCCACCACAUAGAUAUGCAACUGAUUUCCGCAGACGCCGUCACGACAAUGGCCCAAAACUGGAAGAAACACGAACCAUGGACCGCGUGGUUAGCGUCGCGUCAUCCAUCUUUGUUCUUGGUUCAGAUCCCACCCGUCGCCGACGCAAUUCCGCUUCCACGAGUGUCUCGUUGCAGCGGGAAACUGACACCAAAAAUAUGUUUGCUCUUUCGAAGCACGCUACUUUGGGUCGUAACUCGGAAUUUUCGAAUUUGACGAGGGAAGAUCGUGAGAAACUGGGCGGUAUUGAGUAUAGAAGUUUGAAGUUGCUUGUUAAGGUUGUAUUUGCGUAUUUCUUCGGCCUCCAUAUUUUCGGAGCGAUCUGUCUAGUUGGCUGGAUCCGCUAUUGCGACCCGAAAUAUAGAGACGUUUUGGCGCAAUCUGCCCAGAAUCCAACCUGGUGGGCCUUUUAUUCGGCACAAACCAUGAUUGAUAACCUCGGCUUCACUCUGACUCCCGACUCAAUGGUAUCCUUCCGGGAUGCCCAGUGGCCCAUGUUCAUCAUGAGCUUCCUGGCUUUCGCUGGCAACACCCUUUACCCAGUCUUUCUGCGCCUCAUCAUCUGGACGAUGUACAACCUUGCCCCUACGAAGUCGUCUAUUCGAGAACCCCUCUCGUUCCUUCUCGACCAUCCUCGUAGAUGUUACACUCUCCUGUUCCCCAGUCGUCCAACCUGGAUUCUCUUCGGAAUCAUCUUCUCCCUCAACUUCAUCGACACCCUGCUCAUCAUCGUGCUCGACCUUGAUAACCCCGAAGUAGCAUCUCUCCCACUUGGUCCUCGCAUCCUCGCCGCCAUAUUCCAGGCCGCUUCAUCCCGACACACUGGCACAUCCACGUUUAAUCUCGCCAACGUCAACCCAGGCGUGCAAUUCAGCCUCCUCGUCAUGAUGUACAUUGCCAUCUUCCCCAUCGCCAUCAGCAUCCGCGCGUCAAAUACCUACGAAGAACGAUCACUGGGUCUCUACGAGCAAGAGCGUAAGUUAAACGAGACAAAUGGCAAGGAUUACAUCCUCACCCAUAUGCGAAACCAACUUAGUUUCGAUCUGUGGUUCAUUUUCGUCGGUGUAUUCUGCAUCUGCAUUGCGGAGGCGCGAAGAAUCGUCGACAACUCUAUCCCUUCGUUUACCGUUUGGACAGUCUUGUUCGAGGUUACCUCUGCCUAUGGCAAUGUCGGUCUGAGUCUGGGGUAUCCGGACGUAGCGACGUCGCUCAGUGGCGUCUUUGGCGUCUUUAGCAAGCUAGUUAUUUGCGCCAUGAUGAUUCGUGGACGACAUCGCGGCUUGCCAUAUGCGUUGGAUAAGGCCAUUGUACUUCCCGAUCAAGGUGUUUUGACAGCUGAUUCAGACAGCGGUGAUGACGAUGGCAAACAACAAUGA